AUGGCAAAAUCGAUAGAUGUCAAUGAAGAUUUAAUCAUUGACAGUGCAGAAGUCACAUGCGAUGUCGAAAUUAUUGAAGAUGGAUGUCUUAAACAAGUUCAUCAAGUUGUCGCUUAUCCGACAAAAGCAACACGUGAUUUAACAAAAUCAUUACCCAAUACAACGACUGAUUGGAAGCAAAUUGCUGAGAGAUGUCGCUGGGUAACCCCGGGUAUUGUUCGUUUUUUUGUUCGUCCAUCUACCCGACAGAUUGCUGAAGCACGUCCGUUAUUGGGUUCGCUUGAGAUAUCGCUACAAACUAUAUUGAAUGAAGGACACAAACGUCAAUUGGCGGAUGAAGCAAAGAAAAUGUAUCACAGUUUGCCCAUCACAGUUGAGAAUAUCAGGAUUUGUCCAUUCCGACAGUUUCUGGCCGAACUACAAAUAGCAAUUCAUGGAACGAAACGAAAAUUCUACGGUUCAUUGAUGGAUAUUAAUAAAAAACAUCCGCUGCAUAUUCACUUCGACGUCAGUGAUAAAGACGAUCUAAAAGAUAUCGUUCGACAGUUAGCAGAACCAGAUGAAAAUGAAUUUCUACUUCAAUACUACUACACAUUGACCGGUACGUCAACAGCACAUGCAAACGUUCGUAUUAAUGCUGAGCAAGUGGCCAAAUGUCAGUUAGUCAACGAUAUCUUUGGUGACAGUCAAAAGGAUAGUAUGAUUGUUAGUCGUUCCUAUUUAGAGCGUCUCUCUGCAACUAUAAUGGGUAAACUCAGUCUGACUGAAACGAUUGGCGUUGGCGCUACAGAAAUAAAUUGUGAUUUGAUCAAGCAGGCAGUUAUCAAUUCCAUCACGUCGGGUUUUGAGAAGUAUUCCAUUGAUGAAUUGCGUCAGCAACUUGCAAGUGGAACGAAGUGUAUUUCCGACGACCUGAAGGCAGAUAUUACCACCUCCUAUGAGCAAAGUCAUGAUAAUAAGAAGCAUCGUCGACAAGAGACGGCUCAUGAAUACGAAACAUCUGAUUUGAAUGAUGCCAAAACACAGAACACCGAAAACCGACAUGAAAUCGAGAAAAAGAACUUUUUAACUGAAGGAUCUGCUAAAGGAAAUGGAUGGGGUGUCCAAGUCGAUCUACAAGGAAAAAGACAAACGGAUGCUACGAGGGACCUAACUACAAGUAAAGACGUUCGUGAUGAUGCCAAAACUGAAGAACGUUUUUCGACGUCCAGUAAAGGAACUCUUGAUCGAGAGCAGGCCGAGAAACAAAGUAGCACGAUUAGUGGAACGAAAAUCAACGCUAAAACAAUUGACGCGGCCAUCAUAGAUCGAUGGCGAUUCGUGAAUGGAUUCACUAUAUCGUUAGAUCGAUGGGUUCAUCAGAUGUCGUCUACCUAUGUGACAGGGCGUUUGACCAAUCGUGACGUUUCUCUUCCCCUUGAUCUUGUUCAUGAAGGACUUCAAACUUCCAUCAUUGGACCGCGCGGUGACUUUUGUGGAAUUAUUAGAGCAGAUAAUAUUCUACCAGAGACAAUCACUGAAACAGAUUUACGUAACAGCUUUAAUAUCCUUCUUGCCGGAAAAACGGGCACAGGAAAAUCCACUUUAAUCAAUUUACUACACAACUAUUUUCUGAAUUCAAGUGUCAAUGAGAUGCAACGAAUUGUGGAUCCACAAAGUGAACGACACGACAGAUCGAUGAUGAGUGUUACUUCUACUUGUGUUCGAUAUGUUUAUCGCUCUGUCGAUGGAGAUGUUUACCAAAUAAUCGAUUCACCUGGUCUUGCUGACACAUCUGGCGACGAGGAAGAUGACAAGAACAUUCAAAUAAUUACAGCUGUGGCCGAAAAGGUCCAACACAUCCAUUGUAUUGUAUUUGUUUGUAAUGGUACUGGUGAUAAUCGUGCAAGUCUUGACAUUCGCACUACCUUUGUUUUAUUGAAGAAUAAUCUUCCGACUGCAGUUCUCGACAACAUCGUCGCUUUUUUCACGUUUACCGACGUUUUAGAGUCGAACAAGUGUGAUUUGAAUGAAUUUCUUCGUCUAGAUCAUCGUACAAGUUUAGUCGAUGUUGAAAGUAUGCCAAAAUUUUGUGCGGAUAGCUCAUUUUUCGGUCGAGUUCCCAGCAAUGCUUCUCCAAGUAACAGAAAAAUAUAUGAGAGAAAACAACAAGGCAACUAUGAAUUAGCUUGUGAACAAUUAGACAACUUACUUGUUCAAAUUCGAAAGAUGCGUCGCGUUUCCACCGAUGUCUUUUCAGCGGUUACUGAAAGUCGUCAUCGAAUCAUGGCUAACAUUGCAACUAUCAAAGUCCAAUUAGAUACAACUGCAGAACUUGUGACUCUUCUCGAAUCAGCCAAACGUCGUUCUUCACAGUUACAUUCGAAAAUAGAAGCCAGCAAAGAUUUUAAGAAAUGUGAACAGAUUCAAAGACCAGAACAAGUCACAGUACCAUACAAGAAUACAUUGUGUACCAUUCAUUGCUGCAAUUGUCAUAUCAAAUGUGAACUCGAAUACAUCGAAGGUGUGGGAAGUAUGCAAUUUCAAAACUGUACCGCUUUUAACAGAAAGACAACAUGCAGUCAUCCAGAUUGUGCAAAAUCUCGUGGUGGUAGUAAGUGUACCUAUGAACAUCAUUAUCACGAUUACAAAGAAUGGCGAAUCGUCGAGAAGACCAUCGAAAAAAUCUAUGAAAACAUGCGCGAUGAAUAUUACAAAUAUUUGAAUAGCAAACAACUAGUCGACGACAAGAUCGAUCUGGUUGAAGAAGAAAAAAAAAUUUUACAGUUUUCUUUCGACUGCGCUUUAGAAGAUUUACUUGAAGCAUGUCAAGAUAUGAAACAAAAAGUGAAAGGAUACAAUUUAGUGGCAUAUAUCGACAUUUUACUUGAAAGUUUGAACAAAAAAAUCAAAGAAAUCGAUGACGUUGAGAAACGAGGAGAACUGAACGGAAAGAUCAGUUUCUUCAAACAGUUACUCUCCAGCUUGGAAAAUCCUCGUACUACCCGUCGGUUGACUUAUCGACGGCCUUUUCAAGAUACACACGAGUGA